AACCAACCCAGAUAUACAGAUUUCUACGUACCCGGAAUCUAAUAGCACCAAUAUUUUUGCACAGAACUCUCACUUACAUGUCCCACAGAAACUCCCGAACAAAUAUCAAAAGCUUGUCUGCUCAUUUGCAACUUACAUUUACUGGGUUCUUCCAUAAAAAUGAUAAGCCAUCACAAAACUCAGAGAAUGAACAAAAUUCUGUAACUCUGGAAGUACUGCUGGUGAAAGUUUGCCACAAGAAACGAAAGGAUGUCAGUUGUCCAAUAAGACAGGUUCCUACAGGUAAAAAGCAGGUGCCUUUAAACCCAGACCUCAGCCAAAUAAAACCAGGCAACUUCCCAUCACUUGCAGUUUCCAGUAAUGAGUUUGAACCAAGCAACAGCCAUAUGGUGAAGUCUUACUCAUUGUUAUUCAGAGUCACUCGCCCAGGAAGGAGAGAAUUUAAUGGACUGAUCAACGGCGAAACCAAUGAAAACAUUGAUGUCAAUGAGGAGCUUCCAGCUAGAAGAAAAAGAAACUCUUCAAAUCGUGAGGAUGGGGAAAAGACAUUUGUAGCACAAAUGACUGUAUUUGAUAAAAACAGACGCUUGCAACUUCUGGAUGGGGAAUAUGAAGUGGCCAUGCAGGAAAUGGAAGAGUGUCCCAUUAGCAAGAAAAGAGCAACAUGGGAAACGAUUCUGGAUGGGAAGAGGUUGCCUCCAUUUGAAACAUUUUCUCAGGGACCUACACUUCAGUUUACUCUUCGUUGGACAGGAGACACAAAUGAUAAGUCUACAGCUCCUAUAGCUAAGCCUCUUGCAACACGAAAUUCUGAGAGCCUCCCUCAAGAAAACAAGCCCAAUUCUGUUAAACCUACUCAGACUAUAGCUGUGAAAGAAUCUUUGCCUACAGACCUUCAGACAAGAAAAGAGAGAGAUGUUUUAAAUGAACCUCGACAGAAGUUGCGAAUAUUUUACCAGUUCCUUUACAACAACAACACGAGGCAGCAGACCGAGGCCCGCGAUGACUUGCACUGCCCCUGGUGCACACUGAACUGUCGGAAACUCUACAGUUUACUCAAACAUCUUAAACUCUGCCACAGCAGAUUUAUCUUUAAUUAUGUUUAUCAUCCAAAAGGUGCUCGGAUAGACGUGUCCAUCAACGAGUGCUACGAUGGCUCCUACGCCGGGAACCCGCAGGACAUCCAUCGGCAGCCCGGCUUCGCCUUCAGCCGCAACGGGCCCGUCAAGAGGACUCCCAUCACUCACAUCCUGGUGUGCAGGCCCAAGCGCACGAAAGCGAGCAUGUCGGAGUUCCUGGAGUCGGAGGACGGCGAGGUGGAGCAGCAGCGCACGUACAGCAGCGGCCACAACCGCCUCUACUUCCACAGCGACACCUGCCUGCCCCUGCGCCCCCAGGAGAUGGAGGUGGACAGUGAGGACGAGAAGGACCCGGAAUGGCUGAGGGAGAAAACCAUUACUCAAAUUGAAGAAUUUUCUGAUGUGAACGAAGGAGAGAAAGAAGUGAUGAAAUUAUGGAAUCUUCAUGUUAUGAAGCACGGGUUUAUUGCUGACAAUCAAAUGAAUCAUGCCUGUAUGCUAUUUGUUGAAAAUUAUGGACAAAAAAUCAUUAAGAAGAACUUGUGUCGAAACUUUAUGCUCCACCUGGUCAGCAUGCAUGACUUUAACCUCAUCAGCAUCAUGUCCAUAGACAAAGCUGUGGCCAGGCUCCGAGAGAUGCAGCAGAAGCUGGAGAAAGGAGAAUCGGCGUCCCCGACGGACGAGGAAUCUUCCGAGGAACAAAGUGGGACAGCAAAUGGAUACAGUGAAAAUACCAUGAGAGAGAGGAUUUCAGAGGUGGAAAGCAUCUCAGGUGUCACGAAACAGAGCAAGAAGCAGAAGCUCUGAAGUCAAAAGUCAAUUGUCAUUCAACGGACAAGCAUUGAAGUGACAUUCUAGGGUGCAUGAGCUCUAUAAAGAAUUCCACACAGAAAUACAGAGAUUCCAAACAGGCACUGCUGGAUGGAAAUAAAUGAUUUCAACAAGGAUAUUGUUUAAACAGGGUUUUUAUUCAGUUACUUAUGCAAGUACUACAUGUAUAUUGGUUUUGGUGAUGUAAUGACAAUAUUCUAAGAGUUUGAGCAUGAAGAGCAAUAUAAAAAUCUUUUUGUAAUUUUAGUAAUUAGUGUCUUAAGAACUUUAUGGAAUUUACAUAAUUUAAGUAUAUGUAAAACUGUUUUUUAUAUUAAGGUUUUUGCAUCUGUAUCUGGCUGUUUUUCCUACCAUGAAUUUGUGAAACAUUAGGGAAAGGGGAUUGGGAUACAGUUUCUGCUUUUCUUAUUUAGAAAUUCUCCAGUUAGCUUUUUGUGAAAAUAACGUCUGACUAUUUGCAGUUUAACCUUGAUCCUUGUAUUUGAAAUCAUUUAUCAAUUGAUCAUAAAAUACCAAUCAAUUUUUUUUACACUAAAAAUUAGCAGAGUUGGCAAACUUAGCACUUCCUUUGUCUCGUGCCUGUUUGGAAAGAUCUUGGCUUUUCACGUUCCAGACACAGUGAAGUACCACCUUGGCUUUUUGAGGUUUAACCAGCAGUUUGGGUUUCGUGGAUAAUUCUGAUGUAUUGAUCGCCCAGUGUACCAUUUUAAACUUGAACAUUUAGCUCCUUUCUAUUUUUAUUACACAUCUACACAGCUACAGAGAGGGUUUGGGUGCAGCCCCCUGUGCCUGGGGUCGCCCACCCUGGGUGCCAUGCUAAGGCUGGAGCCUCGUGUCCGUCUGCAGGCGCUGCCCCGCCAGCAAAGCUCUCGCCUCAGCACAGACUGCAAGGCCAGGCCCUGGCUUUAGCUUUGGCUUUCGAGAUGCCACUCUUGAGGGAAAAAUGCACUGUAAAAUUGGACCAGAAAAUGUGUUGCACUUCUUAUGUAAGUAUUCUGUGAUGUAUUGUAUUCAAUACAGAUACUAAGAUGCUGACUAAACUAUAUUUGAGCAGUUUUGCACUGCUGUUAACACAUUUUAUGCAUACGUUUACAGAUUUUUUCCAAUGGAAAGUGGUUUCACUACUGGUACAGUAUCAGCACCGAAGGGUUUUAUUCCAGCAAGCACUGUGGUUGAGUGACAUCACCUCAAUUUUUUAUUAUCCUUAAAAUAUUUCAUUUUUCAUAUUCUUUAUUUAUAAAGGAACAAUGCUGCUGUAAAUACAGGUUUUUUUUGUUUUUUAUUUCAUUCCAUCACCAUGAAAUGCAGUUCCCUAUUUGUUGAAGGGGUAUAUAAGCUUUCUAAUGGUGUCUUCAGAAAUUUAUAAAAUGUAAAUACUGAUUUUGAUGGUCCUUAAGAUGUGUUUAACUGUGAGACUAUUUAACUAAUGGUGUGGAUGUGAUUUGUCAUCCAGUAUUAAGUUCUUAGUCACUGAUUUUGUGUACAAAAUAGGAAAGAGGGAAACUGCAGCUUUUCAUUACAAACUCCUUGAACUGCCAGCUCUCUUGAGUUUUAGCAAACUCUAAUUAUGCCUCUGGAUAGUACAUCAUGCAUUUCUCUCUGGCUUUAAUUUGCUAAAGCUGUGCACAUAUGUAAAAAAAUAGAUUAUUUUAGGGGAGAUGUAGUUCUAGAAUUAUUGCUUAUGUCAUUUCUUAAGCAGUUAUGCUCUUAAUGCUUAAAAGAAGGCUAGCAUUGUUUGCACAAAAAGUUGGUGAUCCCCCCAAAAAUAGUAAUGAAAUUACUUCUGUUCAGUAAACUUUGUAUGUCAUGUCAAUUUAUAAUAAAAGCUGAAAAAAUCCCCUUGUUUUCUAUUUAUAAAGAUGCAUUUUCUAUUUGUACCUUUGGAGAUGCCAUGUAAGCUGAUUAAAAAGAAUUUGAACGGUACAGUAGAUGUAAAAACAAAGAUACCCAACCCCCCAAAAAACCCUCAAAACAAGUUCAGCUGUUUAAAUGAACCAUUGUUUUUCAUUAAAUGUUUUAUUUGAAAUCAGCUUUUGUACAAGAAGUUCAGUAAUACAAAAUCUGCCAUGAUGGGUGUCCAGUCAUUCCAUGUGCAGACACCUCAAGCAGCACCUCUGGGAACUCCCUUCUGCAUGGCUCAAAAUUUGGAUGUGCUCUCCUUUGUCAAAUUGUUACAGCUCUGUUUAAGGUAUCUCCAUAAAUCUCCAUGGCUUUAGCCAGAUUAUAAUAACUUUCAUUCUCCUUUCUUGGGUAGGACUUGAAUACCUGAGAAGGGUUUAAGUUGUGCUUUACUGUACAGAAAUGUAAUUUUUAGAGUGCAAAUGAAACAUUAUUUGUGUUGUCAGUUACAGAAUGAAGAUUUGUGUAGUUUUUACAUGCAAGUGGUUAAUUUUUCAGAAAUUUUACAGAGUAUUUGGCUUAAAUGGAGUAAAGUUUAAAUAAGUAUCAGUUUAAACCCCAUUUCUCUGGGACUGCAGACGAUGGAUGGUCCAGGUACUGUGGGACAAGUCAGGAACUGACUGUGGAAUGGCACACACGGGAAACCUUGUUGCAUGUUAGGACUCAGAUCCUGAAAUGCAGGUUGUGCCAGCUGGGCUCUGCAGUGUGUUCUUGUCUCUCACAUUGUCUGGGUUCUCCUGAUCUUCAGUGUGCUCCUGACAGGUUUUAAUGAUGUUUGGUACUUGGUGAUCACAACAUGUUUGUGAGCCCCAGCCUGGAACCUAGUAUGAUUUGAAUUUUUAAUUCAGUGCAUUAAACACUAUAUUCAAAAGUGCUAGAUAAA